AUGGAAAGCAAAACUAGUAGCACAUCUAAAAUUGCGGCUUCUCUGCUAAUAAUCAUCAACGGUGUCACUUUGAUAUGUUGUACCGUCCUGUUUGCGUUUAGUCUAUGGCUGAUAGCAUCACCAGGCAGUUUGUCCAAUGCUGUACAUAGUGUGGGCACGCCAGCUAUAAAGGCACUUUUAGCGCCUGAAGCAUUGUCCGUGCAAGUGGGGGUCGCAACUGCAGCGGUAAGCGGGUUCAUGGUUUGCAUCUCACUCAUGGGAUUGUACGGUGCUGUUAGUCGAUCGCAGUUCUUAUUGUUUAUGUAUUCAACACUAGUACUACUAUUAUUGCUGCUGGAGUGUGCUUUGCUCUACUACUUCUCGUCCACAUUAACUGAGAAAGGUCUGCUCGAACAGGAUGGGCAGUGGACACAUGCUCUGCGGCUGGUCUUCAGCUGCUGUGAUACUGACGUCACCUUGGGAGCAGAAGUCAAGCCGCCCUGGUCAUGCUGUGGACCGGCCUGGUACCCUGACAACUGUACGUCUACGCAGAUAUAUGAAAAGGACUGCCGGCAAACGAUUACAGCUUGGUUACACCGGUACCAAACCGCAAUCUACGCAUCCCUGGCGGUACUCCAUAUAAUAUUGUCGUCCUGCUCACUCGUACGCCGCCGCCGCAGUGUGUCCUUGUCGGACAGAUAGCGAUCACCGCGCCGUGCAAACGGCGCAUCACCAGAGACCAGGAAGCGUUCGUGGCACGUAUCCCGCGUGGCCCCGGGGGACAGCUCCGAUGACGUGCUCAUGUUGGUGUUAGGACGCGGCAGAAUCGGCUGGGUCGACAAACCCUGACAGAUGACUGGUGUGGAUGUGUAAUAAAUAAACACUGGACAACCAACACAAUUUCACCAUCAGAUGUGCCGUAUGCUUGUUUACCACCAUUGUAGUAUAAAAAAAAAACACAAAAAAAGAUUGACAUCAUUAUUCGUCCAUUUAUCUUUUGUAUGUAUACAUUCUCAUGGAUGGACCAAAUGAACCGCACGGGAAGUACAAGCUUUCAAAUAAAAAAAGAAUCAUCGAAAUCGGUUUACCCGUCAAAACUUCUGAGGUAACAAACAUAAAUUAUAUAGUAAGAUACAAAACUGUAUUAUGUAGCAAGCAAAUAAAUAAAUUUUUAUUAUUUUUGAAAAAAUACAGUCUAAUAGAAAAUCUUCUCCUUUUUAGAAGUCGGUUAGAAAGUACAGCGCCCAAGGAAUUUGUUAUUAAUGGUGACUAUUUUAAGGAUGAUUAUGCAAUGGUCCAACUCUCCUGCGUGUGCAAU